ACAUUUUUUUCCCCUAUAAACAUACUAUUUAGCUAAUCUACAAAUGCAAAUGUGCAUCACCUAACAGUUUAUAAACUACAACAGUCUUUUCAUUAUUUCUCCAUUCCAUAACUAACAAUAAAUAAUGACAAACUACGGCGCCAUUCCGACGUCGUCUCAUGGUUCCCCGGUGGUGGAUCUCGACUCAAUCUCACGCGUCAAGCAACAAAUCAAAGACGGGCUCGCCACGCGCCGCCCAUGGAGAGUGAUGUUCGACUUCCACUCCAUGGGGCUCCCUCGGGGAGUCUCCGACGCUUUCUCAAGAAUCAAGAAGAACCUCGUCUACUUCCAGACGAACUACGCGAUCGUCUUCUUGGUCGUGAUCUUCUUCAGCCUUAUCAAGCAUCCGACGUCGCUCAUCGUCUUGACCGUGUUGGUCUUUGUCUGGAUCUUCCUCUACUUCCUCCGCGACGAGCCUAUCAAGUUGUUUAGUUACCAGGUCGAUGAUAAGACGGUGUUGGUUUGUUUAUCGGUGAUUACUAUUGUUCUGUUGUUCUUGACCAACGCGACGCUUAAUAUAGCUGGUGCGUUGUUGAUCGGAGCUGUGUUGGUUUUGAUCCAUGCGGUUGUUAGGAAGACGGAUGAUCUCUUCUUGGAUGAAGAAGCGGCGAUGGCUGAGACUCUUGCCUGACGUCACGGCCGUCGACUUGAACCGAUUGAUUGAUCUCGAACUUUCAUGUGCGAUUUUAGUUUUGUAUAUUAUAUUGUAUUUUUUUUAAUCAUUUAAUGUUGUGAUAAUAACUUUUAAUUUAUUAUAUUGGUGUGAGUUUGGUUUGGGAGUUCGGGAGUUUGGGAGUUACUCUUUCUUUCUCAUU